AGUUUUGGCGACCCAGAUGGGACCUUGCGAGUGAGACUGGAUGAGAUCGAACUCCAGCCGGCACCGAGGGAUUCUCGGGGAGAACCAUCGCUCUCAACUCACAAAGCUCCUCGCAACUUUCCCUGGAGAAAGGGAAAAACUUUAACUAUGCUUCGGAGUGCGGUUGUUUGGAGCAGGCCUCUGUCUUUGGAAAAUCCAGUACAUGAUUUCCAACCAGGUGAUUAUGUCUAUGUGAAGACAUGGACUUCUGAACCUCUUCAGGAAUGCUGGAAAGGACCCUUUCAAAUAUUGUUGACUACUUUCACCGCUGUCAAGAUUGCUGAAUCAGAUGCAUGGAUCCACUAUACUCGGGUGAAGAAAGCUCCAUCAUCUUGGAAAGUUGUAUAUAGAGACCCUAGAACUUCAAAACUGACUUUGAAGCAUGUCUAAUCUUGCAUAUCAUUUUGGAAUCUGGGGGAAAUGGAUUUUGAUUUGGAAAAUAACAUUGGUGGGAGUCUGGUCUGAGAUUGUGGCUAAACAACAAGUAACAGUGAACUAUGGAGGUACUUUGGGAUUGGGAUGUAAUUUUACUCAGAUUCCAGAAUUUGAUCCUGACAAAUUAGAAAUUAGUUGGAUGAGAGAUAAGGAAAAAAGCGAGUAUCUACCAGGACAAUUUGAGCUGAAGAAAAAGACAAGAAAUAAGAGACAAGCUGAACAAUUAAUUUAUCUCCCAAAGAAAACUCAGGAAGAAAAUCUGAUGGUAGGAUUGAUUAAGGGAUUUGCUAAUUUCCAGAAUGUGACACAAAUUACUGCCUGUUUGCCAAUACCAAGGGCAGUUGGUGAAUCUGUUCCAUGGGGAAUUUUGACAAUGAAUUUGACUAAUUUAGAACAUAGAAAUGUGACUACCCACUGUGAACAAAGGCCAGUAGUUGGAUGGCAAGAACAAGUGACAACUAUUAAGAAGCAAUGGAAGUCUCCAGGGAGCAGGGCAGAUUGUGAAAAAUUAUUAAAUUCUGUUUUUAUUAAAAUUGGGAGAUUUCAUAAUGUAGGAUAUUGUACUUAUGAUGAACAAGUUAAGAAAAAUACAACUCGAAUGAUCAUGGAAUGGAAAUGUGAUAAGGCUAAUCAGACAAUACCAGAAAGGACAAUUAGUUGGGAUUCAGUGUGGUCUAUGACUAUACUGUCUCAAUUCCAAUAUAUGGCUAAAGCUCCUUGGUGUUUUACUUGGGAUGGAACCAUUUUUACAACUUGGCCAUCAGUAAAUGACAAAGGGAGUACAUUACGAGAAAAGGAAAAUUUAGUAUCUUGGUGGAAAUGUGAGAAAAUAUACAAUUGCAGUACUAAAGACAUGGCAAUUCAAAGAAUUCCACCUUUAGCAGCAGCCGUGAAGUAUGGCUGUUUGUGUAGAGGACUUAAAAAUGAUCUCCAAUUGACUGAAACCUUUAAACCUAAAAGAGGAACAAUAUUUAGUUGCAGAAAAACUACUAUUCAGAGUAAAACAAAUCACUUUGGGAAUGCCAACAUUAUGCCCAAUUUGGAAAAAGUCUCCUUUUAA